AUGUACAAUAGAACGUUAUUAGGCAGACGUGGACCUACACCAAAUUUUGAGAAAGGAGUUAAGGGGUUUAUCACGUGGGCAUUUGCACAAGAAUGUUGUCGACGUGAAGGAGGAGUGAGAUGUCUUUGUCUUAAAUGUGAAUGUAGACCUAUAGUUAGUGACCCAGAGGAAGUAGAACGUCAUUUGAAGAGGAAGUGUUUCAUUAAAAAUUAUUGGGUUUGGACAUAUAAUGGAGAGCAACUGCCGAGUAACGUAUAUGUAGAGACAACUAAUACACACACAUCAAGCAAUCGAUCACAUAUGGAAUUUGAUGAAUAUUUUAAUCUGAUCGAUGAUAUGGUUGGAAAUGCAUUUGGAGUAAAUGUGACAUAUGAUAAACCUCAGAAUUUUGAUGGGAAAGAGUUGCCGAAUGAGGAAGCACAAAGAUUUUAUCAAUUGUUGAAAGAAAUGAAUACACCGUUGUUUGAGGGGUCGGCAGAUUCAAAAUUAUCAAUUGUUGAAAGAAAUGAAUACACCGUUGUGUGA